CGUAAUUACGUAAAUUUUAGACGGACGAUAUGGUCGUCACUCGGGCUAACAGAACCAAAACCGAGCGCUGCUGCUUUGUCGAUAGGCCUCUGCGUUUAAAGAAGAACCAGAAUCUGCUUGCAAGCUGCAACAGUCUGCCUUGAACAGUGAGAAACCCAAUCUUGAGUUUAAUAAAAGGAAGAAAUGGCUGCGAGAAUAAACUGCUCAAUACAAAACACUCUUUGCCUCUUAAACCCUCUCUAUUCCAUCAGUACAAGACCAAGGACAACUGCCCAUUUCAAGAAUCGUCUCAGUUUCCCUCCAAAUCUCUUCUUUUCUUCUUCUAAAUCAAGAACGGUUGCGUUUUGCACAAUUAACAAUUGCAGUCACAAUAGUGCCCAAAACGAUGAAGCAGUUGCAACAGAAACAUUCGUCCUCACAUCUCCGCUUUAUUACGUGAAUGCUCCUCCUCAUAUGGGUAGUGCCUACACCACCAUUGCUGCUGAUGCCAUAUCUCGAUUUCAGAGGCUUUUAGGAAAGAAGGUUAUAUUCGUCACUGGCACAGAUGAGCAUGGAGAGAAGAUUGCAACUGCUGCAGCUGCCCAUGGCUUCAGCCCAAGUGAGCACUGUGAUGUUGUAUCUCAAGCUUACAAGACACUUUGGAAAGAUUUAGAAAUUGCGUAUGACAAAUUCAUUCGGACAACUGAUCCCAAGCACGAAGCAAUUGUUAAGGAAUUUUAUUCUAGGGUUCUUGCCAAUGGGGACAUUUACCGUGCUGACUAUGAGGGACUAUACUGUGUCAACUGUGAGGAGUAUAAGGAUGAGAAGGAGCUACUUGAUAACAACUGCUGCCCCAUGCAUCUAAAGCCAUGUAUUCAGCGGAAAGAGGAUAAUUAUUUUUUUGCCUUGUCAAAGUACCAAAAACUAUUAGAAGAAACUUUGAUGCAUAAUCCAAAUUUUGUGCAGCCUUCAUUCCGUUUGAAGGAGGUGCAAAGCUGGAUCAGAAGUGGCUUGAAAGAUUUUUCAAUUUCCCGUGCAUCAGUGGAUUGGGGCAUUCCUAUUCCUAAUGAUAAUAAGCAGACUAUAUAUGUGUGGUUUGAUGCUUUACUGGGUUACAUCUCAGCUUUAUCAGAGGACAAGGAGCAACCUAAUUUACAGAGUGCUGUUUCUUCUGGCUGGCCUGCUUCGCUGCAUUUGAUUGGCAAGGUUUAACCAUUUUUAUUGCUUU